UGCCUUCUGGUAUUCAGCAAAUCAUUGUAGGAGGACGCAACACGCCUUCCUACGAGUUUUAACCCAAGAGGAGAGCCGGAGAAGGCUUCUACAACUUGGAUAUGCUGGGAGGAGAUAACAAUCUUUACCCAUUUGUGUAUCUGUUGCCAAACGGAGAUCUUUUCGUUUUCACAAACAGGAAUUUCGUGCAAUUGAAUUGGAACUCGAGCAAGGUCGUGAGGGGAUAUCCUCAAAUUCUUGAAAACCCCCGUAACUAUCCUUCUGCUGGAUCUGCUGUCAUGCUUCCCUUGACAUGGCAGACAGGUUUCGGGUUUGCACAGAUUAUGGUGUGUGGAGGUGCAGCCGCUGGUGCCUCGAAUGCUAGAAAUGCGAACGCCCCAGCGUCGUUCAGCUGCGGGACAAUCGUGGCUAGCUCCGGAAACCCCGUCUGGGCUAUGCAGAACAUGCCAAUUCGGCGUGUUAUGGGCGACAUGAUCAACCUGCCAACCGGAGAUAUUUUGAUCAUCAACGGUGCCCAGAACGGCUAUCAGGGAUGGGGAAAGGCCAACAACCCUGCCUUGAAUCCAGUGAACUACAACCCCGUGACCAAGCAGUUCCAGAUCUAUGCAAAGACCAACAUUCCCCGCAUGUAUCAUUCCACUGCAAACUUACUAUCUGACGGAAGAGUGCUCCUGGCCGAAAGCAACACCCACCAGUUCUACACGUACAAUGGACAAUAUCCUACUGACCUGCGAGUUGAGGCGUUCUCUCCUCCUUACUUGGGUGCAGGAUUCAAUGGUGUAAGGCCUGCCAUCCAAGGAUAUCCCAAUCGGAUCAAAUACAAGCAGGUGUUUGUCGUGAACUUCGCUGUGGGCCAAAGAGUGGGUGCAGUGGAGGUGAACAUGAACAGCGCUCCCUACGUGAUGCACUCCUUCGCGUAGGGUCAAAGGCAAAUGAAGCUGAAGACGAUGUUGCCUACCAAGGCGGGCAAUGGCUGGUCGGUGCAGGUGACCGCAGUCCCCGAAAACACCAUCGCCCCUCCCACAUACUACCUUCUGUUUGUGGUCCAAAACGGAAUUCCCUCCAAGGGUGUGUGGAUCAAGCAGAACAAUUAACUGUGCCCUUGUGACGAUUGCCGCAGUCGAGUUAAACCUCGGUGUAGAACAUUGAGCUGGUGAAUAGGUCGAUCGAAGUAUUAUUUCUCUGUGUCAGCCCUUCCAGGACUUGCACUUGUUACUGGGAGUUGUACAAUCGUGACACAGACGUCUAGAUAGAGUUGCGAGUGUGUCGACGGUGUGGUGAGCGUCUCUUGGUGGCUUUUGGAGUGUUGAUUAUUGUUCAUUAGAUCAAUGCGAGGAUAGUGGGGAUCUUUGCAAAUUGAGCACUGAUGUGGCACAUGGGGCGAUCGGAAGUCCAAGAAGAAUCGGUUAUUGUGUCCAGAGAUAAUAAAGGUGGGCCGUGCGUUGUCCUGCUGCCACGACGGUAGUUAACUGAAUAAAGCAAGACUUCACUGACGAGUAUACACGGGUCGACGUUUUUAGGGUGUCGGUGCAGUGAAGGUCGUGGAGGAGUUGCCGCAACCAUACAAGUUCGGACACGGCUGUGGCCAUGGCGACAUGCUCAGCCUCGAUGCCGGAUAGGGCUGUCGUCUUUUGGCGCGUGGAGCUCUAACUGAUGGCGCCUGUUGACAGAAGAAAAACGUAGCCGGAUGUCGAGCGGCGUUGAUCCACUUCGCCUGCCCAGUCGGCAUCGCUGAAGCCGUAGAGAGGGCGCGGCACAGUAGAAGUGCGGCGGUACUCCAGGUAGUGGUCGAUAGUGCCGCGGAGGUACCGAACCACAUGUUUACAUGCACGUAUAUGGGCAUCGCCCGGGUUGUGCAUAUAUUGAGCAAGAACGCUGACCGUGAACGAGAGAUCCGGGCGAGUGCACAAGCUGGCCCAGUUCAGCGACCCCACAGCAUUCGCAUAGGGGAAGGCAGCAUUAAGGGCAGUUUGGGCAGAGGAGGACGGACAGUCGGCCGCUGAAAGAUGAGUCCCAGGGGCCAGCGGGGUCGACACAGGUUUGGAGGCGAGGAAACCGAAUUCCGCAAGCCUCUGUGUGAUGUAAAGAGCUUGUGUGAUUCGGAACCAUCCGUGAUCAAGAUUUCGAGUGACCUGUAAACUGAGCAGGUGAUGUACUUCGCCGAGAUCGGAGAGUAAGAAGCGAGAGUUGAGUUGUCGCUUGAUCGAAUGGGGCAAGGGGAGGGAGUUCGCCGCGAUGAGAGUGUCAUCGACGUAGAGGGUGAGGACCGCGAAGUCAGAGCGGUUCUGUAACACAUAGACAUUCCCAUCCGCAGCAGAAUUUGUGAAGCCGAGGGUAAGUAAAAAUUUGUUUAUGACCGUAAACCAUUCUCGGGGAGACUGUUUCAACCCGUAGAGGGUCUUGAGUAAGCGGCAGACCAUGCCGGGGCGGGGGUACGCCUUUGUUGGUGCGAGAAGCCUUGCGAACGGGUACAGGAGAGGUUCCAUGCGGGGAUUCAACAGGAGAGUCAGCAACAUGGUCCGUGCUGGGAGCUUGUUUGUGGUGUCCUAAAUGAGGCAUGAGGGCCAAGCCGGUGGGAGACCGGACGUCAUGCCGCGGGGACGGUCUAGCCGGGAGGAGUGGUGGUACCUUGGGCAAGGAGGAUUGUUCAAGUCGGGACUGAGCACGGGCGGAAUCUGGAGCCAGGGGAAGCAAAAAAUGAAAAUUGCUCAACCCCGGGCUGGGGCCAUCAGCAGCAUCUGGUUCCGGAGCAGCAGACGAGAGGUGAUCAUCAAGAGGAUUCGUGACAGGUAGUGAAGGAGGACGUUGAUGCUGGUCCGACGGCACCUGCGGAGCAUCAGAAAGAGGGUGCUGGGGCUCACGCGUGGAUACACGCGCAGGUGGAGUGGCAGGGGGCUGCGACCCGCUGGGAAGGAAGAAAUGUGGGUCUUCCUGGAGUCUGGCAUCGGGUGAGGGGCUGGCCUUAACAUGUUGGCGGGGAGGAGCAGGCUCCUUCUGAAAGAUGACGUCCCUGGAGACGACGGUGGCGCCGGUGCGGAGGAGUUGAACCUUGUAUCCCUUGCUGACCGGGCUAUAGCCAAGGAAUAUGCAAGCCUCCGUUUUUACAUCAAGCUUGACACGGAGCGGAUCAGGGAUUUUGGCAUAACAUCGACUUCCAAAUACACGAAUGUGAAUGAGAUCGGGCUUCUGCUUGUGCCACAUCUCGAAUGGAGUGGUGUGAGAAGGAAUAGCCUUCGUGGGAAGUCGAUUUUGUAUAUACGCAGCACAGGUGACUGCUUCUCCCCAAUACGAUCUAGAGAGUUGAGCUUCAUGGAGCAUGCACCUUGUGGUGUCUAGGAGAGUUCGAUUCUUGGUUUCAGCCACACCAUUUUGGCGUGGUGUAUAAGCUGUGGUGAGUUGACGUUGAAUUCCAUGUUCUUCCGGGUAGUGAGUGAAUUCUGAAGAUAAGUACUCUCCUCCUUGAUAGGAGCGGAGAGUUCUGAUUUUAUAGCCGGUUUGAUUCUCAACCCAUGUGUGAAAAAUUUUGAAUUCAUAUAGACAUUCGCUCUAUUUUUGUAAUAGUCUUAGUACCGUAUAUCUGGAAAAGUCGUAGAUGAAUGUAACAUAGUAUUCGUAGCCAGAGAAUGUUGGAGUAGCCAUGCGGCCGCUUAAAUCAGAGUAGAUUAAUUCGAGAGGUUGAGUGGCUCUUGUAGUCGCUUGUUUUGGAAAUUUUUUGGCUGUAUGUUUGCCAUGGAAGCAUGUCAGGCACACUUGGUUGGAGAUCGUUUUGAGGUGGAUUCCCGUGACAACUGAGUUGGUGAUUAAGUGCUUCAGGCGGUCACUACUGGGAUGACCAAGCCUUUGAUGCUACAAGAAUUGUUGCGAGCUUGGAAUUGAGGCGACAGCUUGAGUGGCUUCGGGCAACGGGACUGUAGUGGGUCGUAGUGUCGUAAUAUGGGCGAAAAAGACAUAAGCAGCAAGAGGCAGCCAGUUCGGCCAUGGAGGGAUCUCCGGGAGGCCAUGGUGUCCUUGCAAGUUUGUUGUGCCGAGGUGGAGAGGAAUCUGCUGUGCUCCAUGGUGACGAGUAGGAUUCUGAGGCUCUGGUAGUGGUAGUUGAGAGGCAUGGAAGUUGAGGGCGGAAGAUAACUCCAUGUUGACUAUCCACCAAUUUUUUUGGCAUUUUUUUGGCAUAAGAUUGUUUUUGAAGUUGCUAUUCUAUUUA